AUGGACCAGCCAACGUCGGCAGUGAAGAAGAAGGAGACAGCCGCGACCCCCGGAGCCCAGCAGCCUGCUACGGCCGCGCCACCUCUCGUGCGGAAGGACGGUGGCGGUUCCCACGCCUCAGCGGCCGGGUCAACCUCGCGAGAUUCAGAGGUCCGUCCUCAGGAGAAGGAGAUCUCCAAGGCCAGGCCGGCUCCGGAGGCGCCUGCCCCCAGCUCGCCUACUGAGGCUCCGAAGGCUCAGGAGCCCCCGGCCUCUUCUGCUGCUGCCAACCUGCAGGCCUUGGUGCCGAUGCUGUCUCCUCCUCUUCCCAUCACGCCGCUGGGCCAUGAUCCUUCUGCCUCGCUUGACGCUCUAGAGGAGGCUCUUCCCGCGCUGACCCAGCUUCGGGAGGACCUUCAAGGCACCGACCGUCGCCUGGCGUCAGGGUGCCUGGAGUUGAUCUCGGGAUGGUUGCGAUCCGACGCGUCUGUCAGGGCAGCAUUGAGCCAGGCCAUAGCAGCCUCCGGGGAAGGUGAGCGGGCCGCUGGUCUGGCUGCUGCUGCCCGCGAUAUGGCGCUGAGGGAUGUAGAGUCUGCCAAAGAGCGCCGCCGGUCGGCGGAGGCCGAGCUGGAGACCAUGCGCAAUGAGCGCACCGUCGAGGCUUGUCAGCGCGAGGCGUGGGAGGAGAAGAUAAAGGCUCGAGAAGACGCAGCCGCGGAGCGUAGCUGCCUGGAGGAGCUGGAGAAGAAGGUGGAGGCGGAGAAGGCCCAACUGGAAGCCAAGGCGAAGGUUCUCGUUGAAGAUCGUGCGGCCUUCAAAUCCCUUGAGCUGAAGUCCCGCGAGGCACUGCGGGAGCUCUAUGGGAAGGGCUUGAAGAAGCCACUGGUGACUGACGAGGAAGGCCCCGCCGAGCUACUCCCUCAGCUUGUCACGACGCUCGAGGGCGUCGUCAAUGGGAUCGGUCCCAUGGUGGACGGGGAAGCCCGCGCGCUCUCUGCUUCAGCUCUGACGCGUGUCUUUAGUCAUCUUCAUCUUCGCGACCCCAGCGUCGACCUUGACGCCCUGCUCGAGCUCAUGGACGAGGAGCACUGCGAGGCUGCUGCACAAGCCGUGAAGGACCGGGUGGAGGCCCUGCUGCAGAAGUUCCUCGCCAUCGACCCCGCGCCCCCGGCUGAUGGUGCCGCCGACCUUGCAGCCCGGCGGACGGCACAGGCGACGACAACAUUGUCGACGAAGGGGCACUCCUUGCGGGCGUUGACAGUGCCCAAGGCUGAAGAGAAGGCUUGCUGGUCUCUUUUAUACAGGCCUCCUUCGAUGGCCUGA